GACAAUCGUAAAUGUUGUGAUCAUUUGAAUUUAGCAGAUAAUAAAUUAGGAGUUGGUGAUCGCUGCUUACGAUUUUGUGAUCCCGCAGGACAAGGAAUUAGUGCUAUCACUAAGAGUGAUGCAACAUGUCUGUUCAAUAUGAAUGUAAUAUUGUACUGUCAUCAAAGUGGUAUCCCAUUGGAUUAA